AUGGAGCAGUGCAACUUAACUGUGGUGGAAUCGAACAUGUCCCCGUCCCCCUCUUCUUAUGAAUAUCAACCUCAUGUGGCCCCCGCGGUGCUAAUGUCCAUCUGCUUCCUGGUGGGAUUUCCUGGAAACAUCGCUGUGCUUCUCCUCAGACCAAACUUUCAGCAUCUGUCCAGCCUGAGCCAGAGUUUGAUGCUGAAUCUGGCUUUUUCAGACCUGCUCUGUCUGCUGAUCCUCCCGCUGUGGAUUUACAGUUUUCUCAACAGCUGGACCUUUGGUCGUGAAGUCUGCAAGGUGGUCAUUUACCUCAUAUACUGCAGCGUUUAUGGCAGCCAGCUGACUGUGACGAUGCUGGCCGUCCAGCGCUACCUGCUGGUUGUGCGCCUGAAGAAGUUCCUACAGCUUGGAGGAAAGAGGCUGCUGGUUCUGCUCUGGCUGGUUGCAGCACUGCUGUCCAUCCCUGCUUUAGUGUUUCAACAGUUGGUCAAGCAUGACAACUGGUCAGAAUGCAUGCGUGUCUACUGCUCUGACGCCCGGCAUGUGACUGCACUGCUGACAGAAUCAGUGGUAGGAUUCAUUUUACUUUUUGUCAUGGCAUUUGCUUACAUCCAGGUCCGCAGAAAGGUGAACCAGUCGGCAUUUUUCAACAACCCUCAGACAAACAGACUGGUUACCAGCAUCAUUGUGACCUCUUUUGUCCUGUGGGUGCCGUAUCUCACCGUGAAUGUGCUGAAUGUCAUUGCCUAUUCUCUAAACAACAAGAAUUUGAUGAACUUUUUCAACACACCUUGGGCAAUUGUUGUCGCAGCAACAUUUGUGAACAGCUGCCUGAAUCCACUCCUGUAUGCAUUUGCUUCUUACAAAAUGCACCAAACACCCACAACAAAUAAUGCAGCUGCUGUCACCACAGAAGAAGAGCUACAAGAAUAAUAUCACCAAGACCAAACCAACAGCU